GUUUGUCCCACUGUCAGCUGUCAAAAAAUUCCUUUCCGUCCGAGCGCCAUCAUCGUGCGUGCGGUCUUAAAAAGCGAAAGUUUGCAGACGCGUCUUCGGAGGUAGAGAAAAAUUAAAUUUCAGUAAACAAUGGGUGAUUCCGAUGAUGAGUACGACCGUAAGCGGCGGGACAAGUUCCGCGGUGAGCGCAGUGCCGGGGAAAGUUACGCUCGGGGUGCCGACAGGACGGAUCGAUCCAGGGGUCGGGACGACUGGGCGGAACGCGGUAGACCUCGGCAGGAUUACCGGGACUAUCGGCCGCCGCCACGGGAUCGUGGCUAUUCUCCCACCCGGGAGGGACCUCCCAUGAAGCGGAUGCGCGGUGACGGAUGGGGAGACGACGCUCGUCCUCGAUUUGGAGGACACGAACCCUACGGUAUGUACGGCGGCUAUAACCAUGACCACUUCGGGAUGCAUCCGGCCGGUCCGUAUGGGCAUCAGGGCGGUUAUGCUCGGGAGCAACAGUCCGCAGGCGACAUGCAAACCCAGCCCUGCAUGAUGACGCUGAAGCAGUUCCUGGCCACGCAGGACGAUUCCAUUUCCGAUUCGGAGGCCAUCCAGAAGUACAACGACUACAAGCUGGAGUUCAAGCGGCAGCAGUUGAACGAGUUCUUUGUGGCCCACAAGGACGAGGAAUGGUUCAAGAUGAAGUACCAUCCGGAGGAGUCGUUGAAGCGAAAGGAGGAACAGUUCGGUUUCUUGAAGCGUCGCUGCGAUGUAUUCGUAGAACUGCUGGACAGCGGUGACGUUUCCAAGGUCUCGGUAGACACGUCCAACACGGACCCUCUGCUUCGCCUGUUGGACACCGUAGUGAUCAAACUUGAGGGCGGCACCGAUGAGGACCUGAAGGUACUGGACGAAAAACCGGUCGAAAUUGUGAAAAUUUUGCCGGAGAAGCCCAAGGUCGAGGUGAAGAAGGAACCCUCGCUGGAGGAUACCAUCAAGAAGGAGAAGAUCAGCAUCAAGGAGGAGAAGGUCGAGGAGCUGGACAAGCCCAAGGAGGAAAAAGACGAGGAGAAGGAAAAGCCUACGGGUGAGGCAGAACCCGAAGGGGAGAAGAAUGAAGGCGAAAAGGAAGCGGUAGCGGAACGGGAAGAAAUGGACGUGGAGCCAGCGGCGAAAGAACCCGAACCGGAAGAGGAACCUACGAGAAAAAAGGAUCGCAGGAAGAGAAGCCGGUCGGACUCGGGAAGCAGUUCGUCUUCUUCGUCGUCUUCGAGUUCAAGCGAUUCGGAGGAUGAGAAGGAAAAAGAGAAGGAGGAUAAGGAAGAUGAGGAGGAAAAGAAGGAUGAAGAGGAAGCAGUCGCCAAGAGUCCCAAGCCGGUUGAGGAGGAGAAGGAACCUCAAGAGGAAGUGGAGAAUAACGGUCACAAGAGUGGGGAUGAAGAGGAAACCGCCAAGAAGGAUGAGGCUGAAGCGGAGAAAAUGGAAACCGACGAACAGGUUACCGAGAACAACAAAGAAAGUGAGGAAGCUGAGAAGGAAACCGAUAAAGGUGAAGAGCCAGCAGCAAACAAAGACGGCAAUGAAGAUAUGAACGAUUCGGAGAAGACGGAAACAAUCGAUCUGGUCAAGGAUACAACUGUUGAAAGCAGUCCACGGGCGUUGCAUCGUACCAGUUCGAUCUUCUUGCGCAAUCUGGCUCCCUCGAUCACGAAGGCGGAAGUUGAAGCCAUGUGCAAGCGUUACAAUGGCUUCCUGCGGGUGGCAAUUGCGGAUCCUUUACUGGAGAGAAGGUGGUUCCGCCGUGGAUGGGUCACCUUCCGGCGCGAUGUGAACAUCAAGGAGAUUUGUUGGAAUCUGAACAACAUCCGCCUGAGGGAUUGCGAGUUGGGAGCAAUCGUAAACAAGGAUCUAAGCAGAAGGGUUCGUCCGGUGAAUGGAUUGACCUGCCACAAGACGAUUGUCCGUAGCGACAUCAAGCUGUGCGCUAAGAUUGCUCACAAUUUGGACGAUAAGGUCGGUUUGUGGAAGGACCAGGAAGACAACGGAGAGAAGAAUGGAGAAUCUUUUGGAUUGCAAUCGAAGAAUCCUGUACUACAAAACAUCACUGACUAUCUGAUCGAGGAAGCUUCGGCCGAGGAGGAUGAACUGCUGGGGCUCACGACGGAAGCCGCAAAGAAGACCAACGACGGUGAACUGGUCGAACGUGACCCGCAACUUAUAGAAGUUCUGGACAAGUUGAUCUUGUAUCUGCGCGUUGUUCACUCGAUUGACUUCUACAAUCACUGCGAGUACCCGUAUGAGGACGAAAUGCCGAAUCGAUGCGGCAUCAUCCACGCUAGAGGCCCUCCUCCCCAGAACAAGGUCACUUCCAAUGAAGUUCAGGAGUACAUCAGGACCUUCGAGGGCAAGAUGGGAUCGUUCCUGGCUCGUACCGUCGAUCUCGAGGAGGAAGAGAUGAAGAAGCUCGGAUCCAAGGACGCCGAAGCCGAGGUGGAGAAAUUCAUUCAAGCCAACACGCAGGAACUGGCCAAGGACAAGUGGCUCUGUCCGCUGUCCGGCAAGAAGUUCAAGGGACCGGACUUUGUGCGUAAGCACAUCUUCAACAAGCACAACGAAAAGGUCGACGAGGUUCGGAAAGAGGUGGAGUACUUCAACAACUAUCUGAAGGACACCAAGCGGCCGCAGUUACCCGAACAUCCGGGUAAUACCAAGAAGGCACCGUCCGAUGCGGCGCCGCCAACCGCUGGAUAUCGCCCACCGUACGGAAUGGCCCAUGCUUACGCUCCGAUGUAUGCACCGUAUGCCCAGCCGAUGAUGGCCCCGGCCGCUCGUGGCAGGCCCGGCUUUGGACGUGGCGGAAGAAUUCAAGACGCUCGACGGAACAUACAGAAUCGUUUGAGAAUGGCACCAGAUUACCGUCCAGUGAUUCACUACCGGGAUCUGGAUGCACCGCGCGAACCGGAUGAGUUCAUCUAAAAAAAAGCGUAAAGCCAUAUGCAAUUGACACACCGCAGUACGUUGUUCAAUUGUGUAGAUAAGCCCAACCGCGAUAUAGCAUUCACAGUAAUCAGUUAGACAUAUUAGAUACGCAUAACUUAUCUCAAAAUUGCAUUUCAUUUUAGCCCCCGAUACGCUAGUUGAACAGUGUGGAAUAAAGGACUCAAAGCGUAGAAAAAC